ACCAUCAUAGAGGGAGUUGACGAGCGCUGCUACUCUCCCUAAAACUAUUACGAACGUCCAGCUCUGACUAUAACCUACUCCACGCAGAACGCAGUCCUCCCCACUGAAGGCGACUCUCGACCCUCGAUACACGCGCCCUCCCCUGUUCUUCGCGUUCCUGAACCUCUGGAAAGCUCCCCGCAUCCCGGACCGUUGCCUCUCGCGGCCGUUGCCUGUUCCUUGGGAUCGUGAUCGCAUUCGCAUCUGCAAUGCGUCCCCACAGUUGUUAACUAGUUCCCGGGUAUCUAUAAUUCAGUUCCUCGCUCGCCCUUCUGCGAGCCUUCGUGAUCUCUUAGGGGUACAUCAUGCCGUCAAUCCUCAGCGAUGCGGACAAGGAAACUGUGAAGAGAACGGUUCCGAAGCCGGCCAACAAGAUUCUUGCAGUGGCCGUGGCACGGCUUUACGUCGCUUACCCGGAUCAUCAUCGAUGGACGUACACGGGUCUCCAGGGCGCUGCGGUCCUGGCAAAUGACUUGGUUGGGCACACCUUCUGGAUCAAGUUGGUAGACAUUUCGCCUGCCGGAAGAGGUGUCAUUUGGGACCAAGAGAUUUACGAUGGCUUUCCUUAUAACCAAGAUCGCACGUUCUUCCACUCAUUUGAACUCGAAGAAUGUCCGGCCGGCUUAUCGUUCGCCGAUGAAAAGGAGGCCAAGACCUUCAUGAAGAAGAUGCAUGAACGGGAGAAGAAUGCUAGCAAGGAAACGAAACAGACGCCGUUUGCCUCAACCCGGGGACAGGGACCUGCUCCUGUUGCCAAUGGGAAGGGUCCUAGUCGGUCAUUGUUCGGGACCCUGAUUCAUGGUCAUCAUGGCCAUAAAUCACCAACGACACCGACAGCACCGACCGCUCCGCCAGUUGCAGCCCCUGCGCCUACUCCUAGCCCACCGCGCAAAGCCUCUCCUCUCGAUACCGUAGACCCAUCGUGGAAGGGUCUGCUUGAUGAGCUGUUGGCAAUGGGCAUCACGGAAGAUCAGAUCGCGGAGAACUCUGACUUUAUUAAGGCUUAUAUUGAACAGAAGCAAGGUGCAGAGGCCGCGAGCGUCACGGAGGACCAGCGGAAAGGCAGAGCUCCUCCUCCGCCACCACCAUCGGCGCCUCCAACUCCUAAGGUGACUACCAUCAGCCCUCAACAUACCGGAAGCAGUGGCAGCCGCCGUGGUGCUCCUCCACCUCCUCCGCCCUCGCGGAGAGCACGCACAGAGGUACAGGAAGAGCCUGCUGCUACACCUCCAGAACCGUCUCCCCAGAGGCCGAAAUUCCGAGCUCCUCCUCCGAUUGCGGAUGCAGGAAAGUUUGCUCAUACUGCACCAGCUCCUCCUGCGCGCCAACGAGCUGCAUCAGGAUCGAACCUUGGUCCUCCGCCUCCUCCAAGACCACCCAAAGCACCUGAUGAUGGCACUCCACCUAGAUUCGGGGUUGCGCCCCCUUUCCAAGGAGAAAGGAAGGUAUCCGCUCCACCAGCUCCCCCGAGUCGCAGCCCUGCACCAGCAGCUCCUCCUCCACCUCCGCCGCGCGCAGCAAGUCCAGCAGUACCGCCUCAACUUCCCCCCAAGGUUCCUCAUGGAGGCGUCCCAUCUGCCAUGCCCCCUCCUCCACCGGCCAGGAGUCCGGUCUCACCACCUCCACCUCCGCCUCCUGCUUCCAGGCCUGUUCCUCCUCCUCCAGCGGCAUCGAGUGCUCCGCCUCCGCCUCCACCUCCACCACCCCCAGCUCCGGCCAGUUCUGGCCCUCCUCCGCCGCCCCCGCCCCCUCCUCCUCCAGCAGCUGGACCUGCUGCACCCCCUCCACCACCUCCUCCGCCAGCCAGUUCUGGGCCCCCUCCGCCUCCGCCGCCACCACCUUCAGGCGCAGCACCAAGUGCUGCUCCGCCGCUGCCUAAGCCUACAGGCGGCAGAGAUGAGCUGCUGGCUGCUAUUAGAAACACUGGCGGCGCAGGAGCUGGAGGUCUGCGGAAAGUCAAAGAUUCCGAGAAGAAGGAUCGAAGUGGAGCUAUGGUGCCAGGUGGUGCCAGCGAGAGUCCUGCAACGCCGUCUGGCGGUGGUGGCCCGUCAGGAGGACUGGCUGGUGCCUUGCAAGAUGCGCUUGCAAAGAGGAAACAGAAAGUCAGCGGUAGCGAUGACGAGAAGGAGGAUGAUGACGACUGGUAAGCAACCUGCAGAGGUCGCGCUGACCUCCCCCGGCAACAAAGACGGUGGGAGUAUUUCCAAGACGGAUGAUCUCAACAGAAGUUGUCACGGCAGGAACCCAUUAGCUGUUGGUUGUACCUGGCUCUACGUCGUGAUACAGCUGAUUUACCCGGGGCUCUCUUGCAAAACAUUUCCACCAAGGCUCUUUAACUGGCACCUUACUAUGCCUCUGUCAGCCAGCUACCCAUGUCAUCGGUCUCAUUCUAAAAAUGGCUGUAUUGGUAUGCAUCGAGAGGGGGAUUGCACAUAUGAUGGUUCAAGUCUUAAGAGUCGACCACAGUGUUCCCACCGCGUGUAUACCCUUUUAGAGCUAUGUCGAUUUUCAAUAAAUUCAGUGAAAAUAUUCAAAGUAGAC